GCACAGAAAAUUUUUUCUGAAAUGCCACAUAUGGGAUUUUCUCCAAACUUAAUAACAUUCAAUACGCUUAUCAGUGGGCACUCCCGGGCUGGAGAUAUAAAUAUGGCAAAGAAGGCGUUGAAGAUGCUCUUAAAGCAUGGAUUCAAGCCUGAUGUUUUCACUUUCAGCUCCAUAAUAGAUGGUCUUUGUCGAGCCCACCAACUUGAUGAUGCUUUUGAUUGUUUUGGAGAGAUGGUUGAAUGGGAUGUUACCCCAAAUGCUGUAACUUAUAACAUACUAAUUCGAUCUCUUUGCGCUGUAGGGGAUUCUCGAAGAUCAAUGAAGCUGUUUUUAAAGAUGAAAGCUGAAGGUAUUACACCAGAUGUUUUCUCUUUCAAUGCUCUCAUCACAAGCUUUUGUAAGAUGAAUAGGAUUGAUAAAGCACAGAACCUUUUUCAUUCAAUGGUGAGAUUUGGUGUAGCUCCAGAUACGUAUACUUAUAAUGCUUUUAUACAAUCUCUAUGCAAUGCAAAGAGAAUCGAUGAAGCCAAAGAGGCUGUAGUGGUGAUGGAAGCCAAUGGCUGCAAUGCAAACGAAUAUUCUUAUAAAUGUAUUAUGGAUGCACUAUAUCAAACAGGCUGUGUGGAGGAAGCCCAUGAGUUGUUUCAUCAUUUUUUAAAGCAAGGGUGUUCAUCUUACUGAUCCUAGUCAGAGGUUUGAUACUCAGAUUACUGGCACAGAAGAGAACAGUUAUAUAUCAAUUUAUUGAUCAUUUGUAUUGAAUUGCCCUGUACUAGUUUGGAUUUAUCUUGGUGGCUGCGCACGGAAAAGGCAUCCGUGGAGUUGGAAAAAUUAUUAGGUGCGGAGUGCGCACUAGCGCACUAUCCGCACAAGCACUGGAUACCCAGCCGUACCGAGUGCGUGUACCGCUAGGUACCUAAUACUUGUGCGGAUAAUUCUCCCUGUCCGCACUCCGCACCUAAUAAUCUCUCAUGGAGUUGGCAACCACUGGGGAUUCAGAAUAAGGGAAAAUAAUUUAUAGAAAAUUAUGUGUUCUUUCAUUAUCCGUUUGACCCAAAAUGGUACUGUCGGUCAUAAUUUUUUGGUAGAUCUUACUAAUAAUGAUAAAUAUAUUCCACCACCUUUAAUGAAAA